UGGAUGCAGAUUGCAGACAUAUUAGCGACAAUCAUGGACGUUGUAUUGGAUUUUGGAAGUGAGCCAGUUAAGGAUGUUGAUACGAAGCUACAGAUUCUCAAAUUCGGCUAUACUUGGGUUGAAGAAGUUGAAAAGCAAGAAAGAUUUAUGAAGGAAGUCACCGAACCAGUUUUAGAGGAUAAAGAUGAACUUAAGAAUGAAUGUCAAUUAAAUACUUUAACAACAGAGACAAAGGAAAUUCCCAGAGAGCCAGUCUUGGAUUUUGGCGAUAGGCCCGUGAGAAAUUUGGAUGAAAAAUUACAAAUACUACAGUUCACCUACUCCUGGGCUGAGAGGGUUGAAGAGGAAGAGAAAGAAGCAAAGGAAGGCAAUGAACCAACAGUUGAACAGAUGAACAAAAUGGAGGUCAAAUCCAAAGUAAAGAUUCCCAGAGAGGAAAGAAAUGAUAUCCCAAGAGAGACAAUCUUGGAUUUCGGCGAGGGGCCAGUCACUAAUUUGGAGGAAAAACUAGAAAUACUUAAGUUUGGGUACAAUUGGUCAGAGAAAGUAGAAGAAGAAGAAAGAGAAACAAAGGUGUCUUUCAUUUUGAACCAGACCUUACAAAAGGACACAGAACACCAGCAGAGAGUGACUGAAGAGUGCAGAGCAAAUCCAGAGAUAGCUCCUGACAAUGCCAGCAAAACCCAAAAUAUGUCUCAACCAUUGAAAGCCAAAAUUGGCACUGACAAGGAAACCAAAGACUUGAAAGAUAUAUGUAGCAAAAUGGAAACACAGCAGAUAAAGUCAGAGUUUGUCAAUUAA